AUGCAUUUCUCGACCACUCUUGCCGCUGUAUCGGCGCUUAUUGCCAGCAGCGCUGGCCACUCGCUCCUCUCGACUCCUGCCACUCGUGGAAAUACUAAGUGGUUCGGCACUUGCGCUGCGGGCGCUGGCUGCAAGGGCCCCUGCGACUCCCCCAAGGCAGACUCGCCGUUCAACAGCAACUAUGUGCCAAAGACAUACAUCCAGCGUGGCCAGGAGCUCGACGUUGAAUGGAAGCGCCUGAACCACCCGGGAGGCUUUGUUCGUCUGGCCAUGGUCCCCUUCGACCAGUCCGACAGCUGGAGCGCCUUCAACAGCAACGUGCUCGAAUACACCUGCUACGAGACCAACUGCGGCCCAACAGACCCCUCCGACACUAUGUUUGGACAUCUGAACGGCCCUGGAAGCGCGCCGUGCUCUACCAAGGUGACUGUGCCUAAGAACAUCCCCGACGGCACUGCUGUGACCCUGCAGUGGGUCUGGUACGGUGGUGGCAUCUACUACGGCGAGACUGACACGUCCUUCGGCGAGUACUACAGCUGCAGUGAUCUUAUUGUCUCUGGUGGGCCCCUCUCAGAUGAGAAGCCCGAGGCCGUCUUCAAGGGUGGUGAUAUCACCUAUCCCGACAGCGGCGUGUGCAAGUACUGGGGCUCCAACAAGGUGGGCGACUGCAACUUUGGCGACCGUGUGCCCAGCCCCAUCGAUGGCGACCUCCUCUCGCAGUCUCUCGAGCCCUGCAUCAGAGGCCCUGAGCUUAAGGGUGCUCCCUAUGGCUUUGCGGUCAGCACCAACAACACCGAUUCUGCCAUCCAACCCGUUCCCCACAGUGCUGUGGUUGCCAGCAGCGCUGCUCCUGAGACGCCUGCCCAGUCCGAGACCUACUCUCCGGUGACCUCUGAGGUCGUUACUUCUACCCCCGAGGCGCCUAUUCAGUCUGACAUCUACUCGUCAUCGUCAUCGGUGGAGUCUGAGGCCGUCGUCCCCGCCCCCACCUCCGUUGAGGUUCCUGCACCAGUCUACACUGCUCCCGCUGUCAUUCCCGCACCAGUCUACACGACUCCUGCUGAGGCUGUCCCCGCCACUACCACCUCUACCGCCGAGGCUGCCCCUGUGUACACAUCAGUCGCCACUCCCGCUCCUGCUCCCGCCUAUUCUGCAGUCGAGCCCGCCCCGAUCACCACCACUGAGUACAAGUGCAGGCCUCGCUACUCCUCCCUCUUCUAA